GAGACACAAAAAAAACUUCAAAAUUUUUGUAAUGUGACAAAACGUCAAUCAAAAUCGUCAAUUAUUUUGUAAUAUUUAUCGUAGGAGUUUGUGGUGUUAUAAUCAAGAUUUUUGGUUACAUUUACAAGCAGAAUCAUGUUUUGUCCAAAUAAAAACUCGUAUCUCCAAUUGACCAUCGCGAUGAACCCUAGGGUCAUCAACAAAGCGGUCCGGAGGGCUAUGAGGAAGAAGCAGUUUGACCCUCAUGAUGAGAUACCCCCAGCCCAACGGUUGGAGUCAAUGCAGCCGUCGAUGUUUGCCCCGUGGGUGGACAUCACGAGGGCACACCUUGGCUUCGGCCGCCGCGGGCUAAGGCUCAUCAACAGGGAACUAAACUCUGAAGACAGUUUAGUACAGCUGCAGGCUAUACAUUCUAUAUUGGAUCAGGUCCAAAUAUCUGAGAAUGCAAUAUUCUUAAUAAACUUGAACAUAGUGUAUAGACUGAUAGACCUGAUGCAAGACCGCGACCCCAUCGUCCGGGAGAAGGUGGCCUACAUCCUCACGCACCUCUGCAACUACCACCAGGGCCGGCAGCGCAUCAUGUCCCGGCCCGUCGUCAUCGACCACCUCAUCUACUUAAUCAUGCGAGACCGCAAGGAGAUCCGAUACGCUGCAGCGCUCUGUCUCAAAACACUGACCAGAGACAGGUGCUCCUGCGAAAUCAUCAUGAAAAAUGACAAAAUUAUCGUAAGUCUUCUAAAAAUGAUCAAGGAUGAUCACAUGGCAAUCGUAAUAUUCCAUUUGAAUUCCCUGAAAAAUUUGUCCGAAUGGGAUCCGGUUCCAGCUCUAAAAGCGAACGCGUUUCAAGUGAUGAAGAAACUGAUGAAACAACAGGAAACUAGAAUCGUAGCCGCUGCUAUGGAUUGUAUGAUGCAGCUUUUGAAACACAGUGUCGGCAAGAAGCUGGCUGACCAGCAUGAUCUGACGCACUACUUGAGGAAUUACCUCGUGUCUCCGGACAUAGAGGUGCUGAUCGCUGCCGUAGGUCUGAUGGGCUACACGACGUUAACAACAAGGGGAAAAUGGAGGGCAAAGGAAUUUUCGUUUGAUUUGACGAAGCGUUUGGUGACUCUGUGCGUGUCGCAUAACAUGCCGGUGCUGCAACUAAGAUCCUUGCAGGUUCUUAUCAACCUGUGCGACAGUCCGGACAUCAGGGCGCACAUAAAGAAACACUGGGAGAAGAAAAUUAAAAGUAUCAAGAUCAGGACCCACGAGCAGUGGGACGGCACGUCGGAGACCACGACCUUCGGGCUGGAGACUGGUCACAACUACAGGACGAUGUGCAUAGAAAAUGUGGAGACUAUCAAGAGUGAUUACGGAGACAGCAUCCAUGCUGUGAACGUGACCAGCUAUGUUAGGAGAGUACAGGAAGUCAAGGCUCACCUGAUAAUGCUUAUCAACUUUGAACCAUACCUGCAUUGACAGAAGGUGGUUUUUCGUCCUUUAAAAAUAUACAUUGACCUUGCAUUUAUCAAAGCCAGCAACUUUAUUUUAGUUUGUGGGGAUUCUACCCUUGGCUGAAUUCGUAAGGGUAGCAACCGCACAAAAACCGGUAAAGUCUUACACAUCCAUAAACAUAGUGCUGGCUUUGUUAAACGCAAGGUUAGGCCUUUAAAAUGAUUAGUUAGAAAUAUUUGAGAUAGCAGUUUACUCACGCGGUUUUAUCGGGAUUGCCCGACCAGUUUUGGGCCCAACCACAAUUAUGAGCUGACGCGGCGGCGGAGUCACGAGUCGAACUGUCAGCCAGUUCAACUUACGGUUUCGCAACCGCGUCCAUCAUCCCAAUAAGCAAGCGUGAGUAAACUGUUUCAUCUAAAAAUUUAUGAGUUGACUUCACAAAACUUAUUAUAAUAAAAAAUGAAAAUAUUAUCUCAUAAAAGUUACUAAUACGUGACUAACACUUAUUUAUAUUUUUGUAUAUUCGUUUAUUUCUUCGACGCGGACUGUCAAUAAAUACAAUCAUGAGGGUGAGUAUUUAGGGUAUUUAAAUAAUAUUUAAAACUCAAUUACUUACUUAUAAGCAUUUAUUGAAUAAAAUUAUACGAAUUACAAUAUUUGAGCUAGA